CCAACCGAGCGGAGAGGCGGAGCGCGCGCGAACCGCUCCGAACGCGUCCGAACGGAGCCGAAGACACACGAGCAGCGCGCGGAGGAGGCACGAGGACGCAACAGGACGCACGCACCUGAGGAUCACGGACGGAACUACACACCAGCACCGAACCAGGACCGGAACCGAGCUGACACCGAGCUGAACGCAAACAAAACGCGUCCGAUCCGCCGCAGAGACGCGCUCAGUUCGGACCGCGCGCGUCUCAUGGUUUAGUCCGGAUUAACCGAGGCUCCGCGGGGUCGAACCUGCCCGAGGUCUGACCCGGACCGAGACCCAAGACCCGAGGACCCCGGACCCGGUUCCUGCGCGGGACUCCAAGGUUACCGCGGACUCAACAGGAGCCGUCACGCACGCGUCACGGUUCCGUUCUGGACGCGAAUUCAUCCCCCGGGAUCGAACCAGAACCAUGGUGCGCUGGUUCCCCCUGGUGGCCGUGCUGCACUUCUGCACUCUGGCGUUGUGCGGCUGCGAGCCUCGGAUCGUGAACAUCGGCGCCGUGCUGAGUCAGAAGAGAUACGAGCAGGUGUUUAAAGAGGCCGUGAGCCAGGCCAACACUCUGUACGGCAAAGACAAGUUCAAGAUGAACGCCAUCUCCGUCACGCACAAACCCAACGCCAUCCAGAUGGCCCUGUCCGUGUGCGAGGACCUCAUCUCCAACCAGGUGUACGCGAUCCUGGUGAGUCACCCGCCUCAGUCCAGUGACCACCUGACCCCCACCCCGGUCUCCUACACCGCCGGCUUCUACAGGAUCCCUGUGGUGGGACUGACCACACGCAUGUCCAUCUACUCCGACAAGAGCAUCCACCUGUCGUUCCUGCGCACGGUGCCGCCGUUCUCCCACCAGGCGCUGGUUUGGUUCGACCUCAUGAGGGAGUUCAGGUGGAACCACAUCAUCCUGAUCGUGAGCGACGACCACGAAGGACGAGCGGCGCAGAAGAGACUCGAGACGCUGCUGGAGGAGCGAGAGACCAAGGCAGAGAAGGUGCUGCUCUUCAGCCAGGACACCAACCUGACGGCUCUGCUGCUCGAGGCCAAAGACCUGGAGGCCCGGGUCAUCAUCCUGUCCGCAAGCGAGGACGAGGCGGCGGCGGUGUACAAAGCGGCGCGGCAGCUGAACAUGACGGGCGCCGGCUACGUGUGGCUCGUGGGCGAGAGGGAAAUGACGGGAAAAGCCCUUCCGGAGGCGCCAGACGGUCUGUUGGGACUGCAGCUGAUCAACGGCAAGAACGAGUCGGCUCACAUCGCGGACGCCGUCGGGGUCGUGGCCCAGUCGCUGCAGGAGCUGUUCGAGAAGGAGAACAUCACAGAGCCCCCUAGAGGCUGCGUGGGGAACACCAACAUCUGGAGGACCGGGCCGCUCUUCAAGAGGGUGCUGAUGUCGUCCAAAUACCCGGACGGUUUGACCGGACGAAUCGAGUUCAACGACGACGGAGAUCGACGCUUCGCCACCUACAGCAUCCUCAACUACAACCAGAAACACGGAAGACUGGUCCAAGUCGGGGUCUUCAACGGGACCCAGGUGGUGAUGAACCCUCAGAGGAAGAUCAUCUGGCCCGGUGGAGAAACGGAGAAACCACUCGGAUACCAGAUGUCGACGAGACUCAAGAUUGUGACGAUUCAUCAGGAGCCGUUUGUUUACGUCAAACCCACAAAGACGGACGGAACGUGUAAAGAAGAAUACACCGUCAACGGAGUCCUCAUCAAGAAAGUCAUCUGUACCGGGCCCAACGGGACCAUACCAGGCCAGCCGAUCGUGCCUCAGUGCUGCUACGGCUUCUGCAUCGAUCUGCUCAUAAAACUCGCCAUGAGCAUGAACUUCACCUACGAGGUUCACCUGGUCGCCGACGGCAAGUUUGGGACACAGGAGCGAGUGAAUAACAGUAAUAAGAAGGAGUGGAACGGCAUGAUGGGAGAGCUGCUCGGGGGGCUGGCCGACAUGAUCGUGGCUCCUCUCACCAUCAACAACGAGAGAGCGCAGUACAUCGAGUUCUCCAAACCCUUCAAGUACCAGGGCCUCACCAUCCUCGUCAAGAAGGAGAUCCCCCGCAGCACGCUGGACUCGUUCAUGCAGCCGUUCCAGAGCACACUGUGGUUGUUAGUGGGGCUCUCGGUUCACGUGGUGGCAGUGAUGCUUUACCUACUAGACCGAUUCAGCCCGUUUGGAAGGUUCAAAGUAAACAGCGAGGAGGAGGAGGAGGACGCUCUGACCCUCUCCUCGGCCAUGUGGUUUUCCUGGGGAGUACUGCUGAACUCCGGUAUUGGAGAAGGAGCGCCACGCAGUUUCUCGGCGCGUAUCCUGGGAAUGGUGUGGGCAGGUUUCGCUAUGAUCAUCGUAGCCUCGUAUACUGCCAACCUCGCUGCCUUCCUGGUGCUGGACCGGCCUGAGGAGCGCAUCACUGGCAUCAACGACCCCAGGCUGAGAAACCCCUCGGAUAAGUUCAUCUACGCCACAGUGAAGCAGAGCUCAGUGGACAUUUACUUCCGGAGGCAGGUGGAGCUGAGCACCAUGUACCGACACAUGGAGAAACACAACUACGAGAGCGCCGCCGAGGCCAUCCAGGCCGUACGAGACAAUAAGCUCCACGCCUUCAUCUGGGACAGUGCGGUGCUGGAGUUCGAGGCGUCUCAGAAGUGUGACCUGGUGACGACCGGGGAGCUGUUCUUCAGGUCGGGAUUCGGGAUCGGGAUGAGGAAGGACAGUCCCUGGAAACAGAACGUGUCUCUGGCCAUUCUCAGUUCUCAUGAGAACGGCUUCAUGGAGGAUCUGGACAAGACCUGGGUCCGAUAUCAGGAGUGUGACUCACGAAGCAACGCCCCCGCCACCCUCACCUUCGAGAACAUGGCAGGGGUCUUCAUGCUGGUGGCCGGAGGGAUCGUGGCCGGGAUCUUCCUCAUCUUUAUCGAGAUCGCGUACAAACGACACAAAGACGCGCGCAGGAAACAGAUGCAGCUGGCCUUCGCUGCGGUCAACGUGUGGAGGAAGAACCUACAGGAUAGGAAAAGUGGUAGAGCAGAGCCCGAGCCCAAACUGAAACCCUCUUUUAGGUCCAUCACGGGCAGCUGCGACCUGAAACACCGUAGGGCCGACGGCGACUCCACGCCGUACCCCACCGACAUCACCGGCCAGCUCAACCUAUCAGAUCCCUCCGUCAGCACCGUGGUCUGAAGCGCCCAAUCAGAACUCUCCAUCUGCGUGGCGCGAAACGGCCAACCGCAGCAGCCACCCGUCGUCCGAAAGAACAGACCACGCACCCACCGUCCUUCGCCGAGACCACGAUUCUUCUUCAGUUUGAACUCGCAAUACACGGAUCGGCCAAUCACAACUCUUCGUCUGCUCGUGAAUUGGCCAAUGGGAGCCCUCCCUUUCAAUGACAACACGCCCAACCAUAGCCCUUGGAAUUACGUCAAAUCAACCAAUCGUGAGACCUUUUGAAGCACGGGCUAGACCAAUCAAAACCUAAUCAUCCGAAUGUCUGUCUGUGUUUGAAAAGGUCGAUCAUUUCCCUCUGUUUUUGCCCAUUUUACGUUGAAAUCGACCAAUCACAGCCCUCCGUCGGUCUAAUUUACGUAAAGAGUGACAGCUAAAAACAAGAAUGACCCUACCUGAUUUGCGUCACUGACACCUUUUAGCUACAGCAACUUCACUUGGACAAGCAACAAUUAUCAAUGAAUUACAAUUUGUUGGAUUUUUCGCAGUAUAAAUUUGUUCACAUUGUUAUCGAACGUUAUUUUUUAUUUUGACAUGACAAGAAAAGUGAACGAAACUUGUUGAAUUGCUAAGGAAACUGAGGUUUUCGCUAUGCCUGAUUUGCGUCAAGCUAUCUGUUUUUUAGAUUGUUUUGCCGAGAAUUUCUGUUGUUUGUCCAAGAAGAAGUCGCAAGAGUAAAGCAAAUCAGGAAGACUGUAGAACAUGCUAGAAAAGUCACACGACGGAGAGCUGAACGGUAUUUGGUAAUGAAGGUUAAAUGGGAGGAGCUUCGAUAAACGAAAAAUGAUUGACAACCCUCUGAACCAAUACAAAUGCAGCACGCAAACGCACACGAGCACUGAGCGAACAGCCUGUCCAGCCUUAAAAAAAUCUUACGAAAGCUCAUUUUGGCUUCUGUCAAAGUCAUAGUCUGACCUCUAGGUACUACUAUUACUACUCUACUACUAGUACUACAGUUACUACCAGCCCUGUUGACAAAAUUUUGGGGGACCUGAGGCAAGAAGACUCACGUGGACCCAACUCUAAUAUUAAUUAAUAAGCAGAGGUUCCAAUUCUGGGCUCCUAAAGACCUUGGGACUUGGGACAACAGACCCCUUAGUCGCCCCUAUGUCGACUUUCCUGACUACUACUACUAGAAAUGCACCAAUCGAGCCUUUUUAGUUUCGAUUUCUGGGUUUCAGAUCACGUACAUGUUUUUCGUCGUAACGUAGUGACUUCUUGGUUCUAGUCUCCGAUCGAAAUGAUACGGUUGAAUAUUCGUUGAACAUUUGUGAACUGUCCUCUUUGAUAUUUCUCGGCAAAGUACAGCGUAAUCAAGAGGAAAAACUGUCUCUUGCCUGUUCCCGUCUGGAACUUUGGCAUCGUCACGUUCUAGAAUCUGAAAACUACCAAUUUCGAUCUCGAUACUUCAGCUUCAAGUAUCUGCAGAUGCCUGAUUUUAACCGAUACCGGUGUAGGGACGGGCAAAUUUUCCGCAAAAAACACACUUCACUUAUUACAAAUUUGAUCCAAUCGUGUUAGAAGAUGCAACAAACGACUGAACAGCUUCGUAUGAAUAAAACUUUAAGUCUACUACAGCCAGUAAAUAGUCUUUUUACGUCAAAAUAUAAGGCCCAACCAGGAUAUCGGCUGAAUCGAUAUGGGAUCCGGCAAAAUUUCCUGGAUUGGUGUCGAUAUCUGAUACUAGUAUUGGUAUCGGUGCAUUCCUAACUACUACUAUGACAAAUAUUUGUUGUAAUAUAAGCAUGCAAAAAGUUAAAACGCCGAUAACGAGCACAUCCAAGUACACACAAGUAGAGUAAAUACUGUUUUAAAGUACUAGUACCUUACCACCUACUACUACUACUACUAAAACUACUACUGCUACUACUACAGGGUGACCAGAUGUACCUAUUUACCCAGGACAGUCCCAGUUUUACACGAGAAAUGUCCCAGGUGUUCGUAUUUUUGACCAAUUUGACGGCUGCCAACAGUAAAUAGAGACAUACGUUGUAAUUUGUUUGGUGAAAAUACAGAAAAUCUGCUUAAAAACGACCAAAACACAAAGAAAAUGUGACUAUACGGACGCGAGUGAAGAAUAAUUCUCCUUAAUUAUGCACAAUUUUAUUAUUACCAACCACUAAUCAACUACUACUACUACUACUACUACUACUAUUACUACUACUACUACAGGCAUUACUACUGCAAAUACUUGGAUGAAUGAAAUGAUGAAAUGGCUGGACAGACUGUGGCAGGCUCACAGCUCUGAUCCGGAGAGGAGCGGACAUAUGGAUCACAGUCAGAAUCUGAACCAUCUGCUGUUUUUUUCACGGAAAUAUCACAGAACUUUUACGUAAUCCGCCACCCACAAGCCGGCCUAUUAUUCUCGCCAUUUCUGUCAUAACCGGUCAUGUUUUUUUGUUUUCUGUUUUCUCAAAUACUUAGUCAUUUGAUCAUACGUACGCCUAUUUCUUAUAAUAGUUUUGGUCUGGUUGUUUAAAUAUGACUAAUCCGUAACAUUUACACACAAAGAGUAGGGAUGUAACGAAAUGCAAAUGUCACGGUACGAUAUUUAUUGCGAUACUGAAAAAGAAAUGCUACUUGAUGAGCCUUUGGUGCGAUAAUACUGUCAUAAUAUAAACAAAUAACAUAGAAAAGUUCUUAACAACAGUUAAUUCUUCAAGGUGUCUGCCCUGAAAUGGAGCAAAGGAUCAUGGUAUUUGUAGUUCCUUCUUUCGACACCUUUGAAGAAAUGAUAUUACGAUAUUUCAGUUAUUUUUCCAUCCAUAAAGAAAAGAGGAAAUUUGAAAUCUGAUUCAGGCUAUCAUGUACUCAAAGAUAUUAUAUGUUGCAGUGACAUCGCGCCGGGGGGUGUUGUACAUGUAGUUGCCAUGGUGACACAACGCAAACGUUAGCGAAUACUGAUUUAAAACUGUCUGAAAACUCAAGAAAAAAUACAAAAUGGAUUUAAAGAACACAUUUUCAGGAGCCUGUGAUCAGUCCAAGUGUUUACUGUCCUGUUUAGGAGUUUGAUUUUCAACAAAAACGUCAGAGGGACUAACACUAAUACUAGGCUAUUUUAUGACUGUAAUAUUAUUUGAGAUGGACUUGUUUGACAGCACAAUUAAGUAAAUCUGUUGUAAUUCCAGCGAAAUUAGUUCUUUAUGCCCAGAUUGUGUUAAAAUAAAACCCAGAAUAUAGUAAAAUUUGAGUAAUAUCGCUUCAGACAGAGCAGUGCCUACAGUUAGCAUCACACCCCCAGUGAAUGUCGACAAUAUCAGCUCGGGAUCGAUAUUCCCACAAUUUUAAAUACCGCAAGUAAUUCUAGAAGCAACAUAACAUUUGCAUACAUAACAUAUACAUACUUUCAGACCGUAGUUUUAAUUAGAGAUUUAAUUUUAACUGUAUUUAUUUAAUUUACUUAUUUAUUUUAGAGUUUAGAGUUUGAAUUCAUCCGUCAUUUUCUUCUUUGAGCUUUGCCCAUGCUAUGAGUUUAGGUUCAUAAUAUAAACUAACUGGCAAAAUAUGUCUUUUGACCAAUAACUUAACAUUAACGGAUUUUCCAAUUCAUUAUUUGCAGACUUUUUGUCCAAAAUUUGCCAUCCACUGGUACUGAAAUAUUAGCCAUAUUUCAUUACUUUUUGUCUAUAUGUUAAAUUAAAUUUAUACAACAUUUUCCUAUUUUUUUCCAACCAUUUUAUCUUUUGACGUCAUUGUUUUCACAUCUUUUUACCCACGCACUCGUUUAUGCUGACAAGUUUAACAUACGUAAUUUUUUGUGUGAUCCAAAUGUCCUUAAAAAAUGCUCAAAAUAUUCACCGUGGAAAUUACUCCUGUAAAUUUUCUUGCAUUCUCAUUGAGGUCAGAGGGUUGUCGUAACGAAAGGUCACACUCCAUCACUCCAGAACGCCUCGACGAAACAAAAAAAACGUCACAACCACUGAGCCUGCGAUCAAUAUUUUAUCAGCGUAUUGAUCUCAAUGCUGAUUGGCUGAUAGAGGAAAAGGGGGAGGAGCCUCUGGGACUAAACGCAGAAGCAAAAAACGCCUCUCGCUGAACUUUUCGGAACGGAAAUCAAAAUGUACGAGAAGAAUUCUGGUCCGGUUCAACGACUCGAAGCGGGUUUGGUUCUGCUUUUAGUAAUUUUUUUUAAAACGUAAGGAUUUGAACAGGUUUAUAUAUUAAUUUUUUUUUAAUAUUCACUUAAUUUUUGUAGUAUUUUUCAUUCUUUUUAUUUAUUAAUUUUGUGUAUUUAUUUAUUUAUUAUUUAUUUAUAUUCCGUUUAAUUUUCCACCACGUUCUACUCCUGUACAAAUGACUUAUGUUUCCCCCAGAGACUCCGCCUCUUUUCUGUUUUUUGGCCCAAAAGAGUGUAAACAAACAAAGCAUUUUGGGAAAAAAAAUACAUUAUUGUUACUGGUUCACGUUCAAUGUGUCCCCUGCUGAUGAUGUCAUAGGAUCUGUGUGAUGAUGUCAUUCUCUGUCUACCUCCGCGAGCGAAUCAGACGCCGACGUUGAGCCCGGUGACCCCGCCCUCUUUGCGAUCACGAACAAGAGGGCGUCGGGGUUUUACGCUCAACGGACGCGGAAUCGUAGCCGACGCGAGCCUCACUGAGAACAAAACGUCGAGAGAAUCAUUUGUUUUGAAAAGAACAAUUAGCCGUUUUAAACUGUGAAUUCUUAAAUGUGUGAAAUGUCGCUAAGCUAAUCACCGCUUUUCAUUCCUUCACGUUAGCUUCUUUCAUAUGCUAAUCGCUACGUUUUUGACCGAAACCCGCCUAUGUAUAGUCGGUGCUUUAACGUGAUUUUGAUGUAGCUACCAAUUUAUUUACGCUACGGUCAACGCACCAGCAACUAAAACGAGCAAAAAUAGUAGCUACGGUUUACAGAGCAGGACCACCAAGCCGAAUAAAACACCCGGAGCUUUAUCUUAGUAAACUAUUACGUUAGAAGUGUAAAAAAACGUGCCAGAACGCUGCUUGGACAUCAGUACUCAGAAGUAUGCUGGGCUGUUGAGAGAGAAUGGACAUACGGUGCGCAAUAUCGUCACAUCACUUUUGUUUUUAUUAUUAUAGUUUUAUUUAUCAUUAUUUUCUUUUUUGUUUUACGUAUUCCAAAGUGUUGAUGCUUUCAGAUUGGAAUUUAAUCUAAAAUUUGAGUCUCAUUUUGAAAGUAAGUGUCAGUACUUUGGCGUUUAUUGCACUUUUUGGUAUUGCGCUGGUGUCCCUCUCGUAUGGAAGCCGAGA